AUGUCAAAUUAUUCACCAGUUCAAUAUCCAGUACCAGUUAAUGUACCAUUUAUAUCUCCUUUAAUUGCUGCUCAAUGGGAUCACUCUCAACAAUGGAAAAUUCCAACAUUUGAAAUGUUUACACAAUCAUUAGGUUCAACACAACAAACUAAACAUGAAAUAGAUCUUAAUGAUGGUAGUGAAUAUUCAUUUAUAAUCGGUCAUCAAAUUGAUGGUCGUUGUUUAUUUCCUGCAACUGGUUAUCUUAUUUUAGUAUGGAAAACAUUUGCUAAAUUAUAUAAUUAUGAAGAUUAUCAUCAAAUGUCAGUUUUAUUUGAACAAAUUCGAAUACAUCGUGCAACAAUAUGUUCAUUAACAAAUCAAAUUAUUUUUUAUGUUAAUAUUUUACCAAUAAAUGGUACAUUUGAAAUUAUUAAAAAUAAUACUAUUAUUGUUACUGGUCGUAUAUCACUAAAUGAACAAUUAACAAUGCAAAAAUUUCACAAACAAAU